AUGCCUUUGGAUGGCCUAGAAGCACUUGGUUGGGUGAUGGCAACUUUUGUCAUUUCACUUCUAUGCAGGUUUUAUCAAGCAGUUUAUUUCAUGUGGUUCAGUAUCAUUACCAAUUUCCACUCUGCCUUCAUUGCCUCUGCUCUUUAUUGGGCAAUGGCUUUGGGUGUUCUGACAUGGUACCAGGUUCUAGACCUAAUUGGCAUGUAUCAACAUGUUCAAAAUCUCUGCCAACUUCUUCCUCUGGAAAUUCCCAAGCAAAUUGUGGAACUUCCUGAUGGCAUUCCAGAGCUCCCUAGGCAUGAGGUGCCAGUGAUAUUUUUAAAUCUGCCAGAACAACCACCACAUUAUUUGCCUCAUGCUAUUCCUGAUCAAGAUGAUGAUGUGGAUCUUGAUCCAGUUCUGCCUUAUAUGGAACAAGAGGAACCCAUUGCUCUGCCUUCUACCAUGUGGAUGCCCACUCCCAAACCAGAAAUGGUUCAGGAAGUCUAUGAUGCUCUUGCCACUGCUGAGGCAGUUGCCACAGAGAUUGAACUUGCCAAUAUAAACACUGCAGAGUUUGAACUGUUAUUUUAG